UGCAAGGACUAAAACAUACGUUUUGGACAAGAGACGGAAAACCUAAUCCAGCCGACCGGCGGAGAUCUCAGACCGGUAAAAUAAAACCUAACCAGACAAACAGUUAAACGCUGUCGCUUCCUUCUUCUCCUCCCUCUUCUUUCUUCAACAACAGACCCUCUCCACGCGAUUCAAAAUCCAAAAAUUUUUCCAUAGAAAAUCAAAUUUCUCAACAACCAAACACCCUCAGAGAAAACCCAGUUCCCCAAAAUGUCCUGCAAAGCUUGUGGGCUCAGAACCCUUAUCAGGGACGAUGCAACAGAGAACAUGAUAUGUGAUUCAUGUGGUACAGUCCAGGAUUUCACCAACUAUCAAGAACGUACCUUUAACAUUAAUGGGCCAACAGGUGUGUUUAUAAGUAUAGGCUCUUCAGGUUGUGGUAGUGCUUUGAAUUAUAGAGAGAAGAAGAUUUAUGAAGCAAAUAAUUUAAUAGAUGAUAUUGUUUUCAAGGUAGGGUUAACUGGUGGUUCAAAAGUUAGUGAAAUUAGAGAUAUGAUUAGUAAAGUUACUGAUGGGCAGUUUGGUUCAAGUGAGAGUAGAUGGUUUGGUAUUUUUGUUGGUGCUUGUGUUUAUGUUGUAAUGAGGAAUGGUGAUAAAAGUUUAAGCAUUGAGGAGGUGAGUAGUGUUGUUGGGUGUGAUAUUCAUGAAUUGGGGAGGAUGGUCGUGAGGGUUGUUGAGCAUUUGGGGAUGAAGUUGCCAGGUUUUGAUAUAGUGGGCAGUUUUGAGAGGGUGGUUAGGAGUUUGUCAAUUUCGGACAGGGUUGAGGGGGAUGUGUUGGAGAGGAUGAGGAAACAAGGUAUUUUCUUAGUGCAAUGUGCUGUGAAGUGGUUUUUGACUACAGGGAGGAGGCCGUUGCCGGUUGUUGUGGCUGUUUUGGUUUUGGUUGCUGAGUUGAAUGGGGUGGAGGGGGUUAAGAUUGAGGAGGUUGCCAGAGAGGUUCAUGUUGCGGUGUCUACUUGUAGGUUGAGAUACAAGGAAUUGUUGGAGGUGAUUGCUAAGGUAGCGCAAGAGAUUUUGCCAUGGGGGAAGGAUGUAAAUGUGAAGAAUGCAGUGAAGAAUGCGCCAUUUGUGAUUCGAUAUUUGGAGAUGAAAUGUAUCUCGAAGAGUGGUGGGGAACAAAAGGGUUUGGAGAGUACUGAGUUUGAUUUGGGAGAAGUGGUUGGUGAGUAUUUUAGUAAGAAUGUUGUGGAGGAUAGUUUGGAAUGUGAGGAUUUGCGGUAUUUUGAGUUGGAAGAUGCUAUGGGGUUUGAUAAGACUGGCAUUGAUGAGGUGGAUAAGCUUCAGCUUUCACAUGAGUGCUUGUCCAUGGUUUAUGACAAGUUCUUGAUGGAUGGUGGUUGUGGUAGAUAUAUGGAAGAAAGUGGAAAGGUUCUUGGGAGGAAAAGGGAGAGAGAGCUUGAGAUUCAGGCAACAGAAUGGUGGAAUGGAAAAUCAGAGUUGAGCAAGAAGCUUUUGCUAAAACAGUUAUUGGAGAAAGAUAUAGGAUUUAGUGUUAUGCCUCCAUCUUUUGUCAAUGGUUGUACAACAAUUAAGAAGAGGAGAGCAAAGAUAAAAGCUGCAAAGCUGCGGAUUGAUAGGAUUAUGAAUCCAUGGAAUACUGAUUCAGGUAGUGGUAAAGUUUGCACUGUUGAAGGUGCACAUGAUCGGAAGAGGAAAAAAAAAUCACUGGUAAAAGAUAUUGAUUGGGAGGAUUUUGUCAUUGAGACCCUCCUUCUUCAUCAGGUGAAAGAGGAGGAAAUUGAGAAAGGGUAUUACAACACCUUGAUGGACUUGCAUGUUUUCAAUUCUGGUACUAUGUGAGAGCUUACAGCACAAGAAGCAAAAAGUAAUUCUGCAAAUUGUCAUGAUCUUUUGCUGGGCAUGACGGACCACCAUUGCCCUCAGGGGAUAGUAUGUUCCUCUGACUGCUGAUUGUUUUAUUCCUUACCAUUUUGGGACUUCAACUUACAGCUUCAAUUUCUUCCAGUAAUAUUCAGUACCCUUACUGUUUUAUGGUAAAAAGAAAGAAAAGAGGGUCUUAUUAAGAAUGAUAUUUGAAAGAUGUUUUUGUAGAAAAGAAGUCUGUUUGCUUAGUUCUCGAUGGAGAAGGUUUCUGACUGUUCCAGACAUAUUUUGGCUUGCACCUUGCAUCAGUGAAAGCUAUGUCUGUAUGUGUCAGUGGCAUGGUUGGUUUUUCUUUCAAAAUUGCUCUAUAGUAUGGCUCAAGUGCUUUAAUUAAUUUGUGCUGUUUCUGUCUAUCAUGUUGCCUGCUUAAAAAAUUCUCAUUAGUAGUUGUUUGGAAGUAUAUACAUAUGGAUUGCACGGACCUUUACUUGUAUAUUAAGCUGGGGAGGUGAGGUUUUGAAGGAUGCAUUUCCUGGAUUUGUUUCUUGCCUUGCAUCUGGAGUAUGAAGAAAUAGGAUCUAGUGUGAAUUUUGAAUGUUAUUGAAUGGGAGUAUCUUCCAUCAGGUUCCUUCCAACAGAUAGUUUGGGUAAUUCUUUUCUUUGCCAUCUUAUGAUUGAUAUGGCUGCUGGUUAAUGAUGUGGUAUUUGACACAUGGACUGCACAAUUGUAAUCUAUUUAUUGUAAUCUUAGUCAGGUUGCGUGCUCGGUUUACUGUGGUAUUGCAGAUUUCACUUACACGCCAACAAUCUGUUGUUAACUGAGAUUGCAUUGCAAAAUGGUCCAGCAUCCACAAGACUAGGCUUUGCAAACUGUGGAGCCCACCUGAGGUGUGCUGGUUGAAAUGGAAUACUGAUAGCUCUUUGAUGGGCAAGCCCAUUCCUUCUGGAAUUGAGGUUGUUCUUGGGAACUGUGAGGGGGGGGGUGUUGUGCAUGUUUUCACCAGAAUCUGGCACUAUGGAUUCCAAUUACUUUGAACCGAAAGCUAUGAAAAGGGCCCUGCUAUUGUUUACAAUGUCUUGUGGCUCACUUGGGAGGGUGAGCACCCUUGGAAAA